CGCAUAUGGGCGCUACCGAUAGUAAAUUAGCGUUUCGAAAAGGCGUGUUUAGACUCUUCGAGGAGAAUAAUCUUCCUGCAGAAGCAGAUGAGUACUGGUCUCAGUUUUGGAAUCUUCCAGAAAGCUCUGACGAUGUGUUUUCGUUAAUCGGGGCAUCAGAUAUCAGACGAGUUCGAGAUUCGGCGCGGCACAAUAUGGAGACACUAAUAGACAAACUGCUUGGAAAAAUGGAAGCUUUGAUACACUCGAAAGACUUCACUACCAAUCACCGAUCAACGAUCCAACUGCUGAACUGUAUGCGAGUACUGACUCGCCUCAUGCCAUAUGUUUUUGAAAAUCCAGACUCGGGCGAAUGGGAGAACGAGUUCUUUUGGACGCCACGACAGAUCGAGAUACCUACUCCAGUCGCCAACAACAUGGAGGGUCAGGUGCACACGGCUUUUGGCGAACAGCCACCGGAUCAAAAAAUACAGCAGCAGUACAGGACCGUUGAGCCAAGAGGACAAAAGUUUUUGACUUUGGUCCUGCAGGCACUAUUUCUAGCCGACUUUACAAUACCAGGCAGCCUUGCCACAGGAACUUCUCAUGUCAAUUACGUUAUUUGGGAAACUGGCGUAGGCUCUUCUACUCCAUUGGGUUCUUCAAAGGAACAUGAUGUCAAUCGAUAUGAGACUCUCCGUCUUUUGAUCGUAUUGCUCUCUAAAUCAAUGUAUAUCGCACCCUCCGUCGUCAUAAGCGAACAAGACAAUUGGAUCCAUUUUGUCGUUGCAAAGUCCGAGCGAAAGGUAGUGCUGGCACUGCUUUGCAGUCUGUUGAACACGGCUGCGAAAUACAAUCCACUUGGCUGGGGAUUACCAUACAACCACGUUGUGUUUUCGGACCCUAGAGAAGUGUUGGUGGUUAUGUGUCUCCGUGCUGCUCUUAUAUUGUUGGAUUAUCAAUCACCUGGGCAUGCAGAUUUUGGAGAUGCACCCAAGGAGAACGAUCUACCAAAGGAUACGUCACGCCUCUCUCUCGAUAUCCAAAGCGUUCCCGAAAGCAAAGACAAGGCAACUGUCGAGCUUGAGUCUCCGGCGACUCUUACCACCAUUACCCAAUCUGCCCCACAAGAACAUGCAGCCGAUAAUGCCUUUAGAUACUAUUUGUCUAAGCUACAUCGUCCUCAAGAUUUCCAGUUCUUGAUCGAUGGCAUGUAUCGUAUCUUGAGCAAUCCUAUGCUGGCCAACAACACGUAUUUACCUGGCUCCACCAAACAAGUUCGCUGCCACGUCGAAACCAUGAUGCUUUGCUGGAAGCUUUUGGAGAUUAAUCAGAGAUUCAGACAAUACUUGUUGGAAACGGAUCGCGUAUUGGACUUGAUGGUCGUAUUGAUUUAUUAUGCCGUGGACAAUAGAAACAACCCUGCGCAAAUCGGUCUGGUCCGCAUGUCCGCAUUUGUCCUACAAACUCUUUCGUCUGACAGAGCUUUUGGUGUAAAGUUGAACAAGACAUUUGACGGACAUUCAUCGCUCCCAAAUAGCGUAAGAUUACCCGCGUUUCACGGAAGCUACGCCGACUUUGUUAUCAUUUCCAUCUAUAAUCUCAUUGCCACCACCAGGGGUGCAUUAUCGACGCUCUAUCCAGCUUUAAUUCUGAUUAUCGCCAAUGUGUCUCCAUACUUGAAGAACCUAUCUGUAGCAUCUUCUUCUAAACUUGUGUCCCUGUUCAACUCCUUCACAGCCCCAGGCUUCCUGCUUGCUGACGAUAGCAAUCAUAGACUUGUCGAAUAUAUCCUGGAAUCUUUCAACAACAUCAUCCAAUAUCAAUUCACUGAUAAUCCGAAUGUCAUAUAUGCCCUGAUUCGAGCGCACAGCAAGUUCGAGAAGCUUCGUGAUUUUACGCUAGCAGGCGCACUUCAAGAUAUCACAAGAAUUGAGCUUGCUAAGGAAGAAAAGAGAAGAAAAUCGCAGCAGAUACAAGGCGAAGUGCGUGAAUCGACGGACACUACACCGGUUGCGCAAGUCGAAUCAACUGCGCCAACGGAUUCAGAACAAACGACAGACCAAGAAGCCCUGUCCGAAAAAGCACGGGGUAAACGCAAGGAGGAAGAUCCUUCUGCUUCUGAUGUUGCACCUGAAGCGGCUGUACCAGCCGUCAAUGAACCUCCAGCGGAGACAACGGUGGUAUCGGAUCCAGUAGAAUCUUUGCGUAGACAAUCCAGCGCAUCUUCAAUCCUGUCACAAACUCUCGCCCCUGGCAGCCGAAGCCGGUUUACGCCAACACAAGCUUGGGUUGAUUCUUGGAAACCCACAUUACCAAUUACCCCGAUACUUUUGAUGUUGGAUCACCUCGUUCCUCAAGUGACGGAACUUUGCUCAACUCAAAGUCUCACCAGUGACGCUCAGGUACUAGAAUAUUUGCGCAAGAUGACCUUAGUGGGUAUUCUUCCCCAUCCCCAACCCAUACACAUCCGCCGCUUCCAGUGGGGUGAGGCUUUGGUGAUUUGGUUCCGGUCUAUGCUCUGGGGUCAGGCGUAUGUGUUUAGCCUUUCUGGUAGUGGCUUAUGGAAUGGAACCAACAUCAAACUUUUCCAAAUCAAACAUGAAGCCGCUCCAACCAAGCCAGAUGCCUCCACCAAGCGAAGUGAACCUGCAUCACCACAACUACCGCUAGAACAGCAUCAACUUAUUCCCACUAGAUCAAACCCCACCAUUGAAACCACAGAUUAGUUCCAUACUAUCAUUUGUAAUUAAUCUUGAUAACAUUUUUAUACGUAUAUGUAUGUCAUCAUUUCCUAUUCUUUGCUCGAAUGGCGCUGCUUGUUUUUUGGGGUAAUGAUGAGAGACAAUGGGCCAUGAGAGAAAGUAGGGGUUUAAUUUUAAUGAAAGAUAGGUCAGCGCAAGCUAUCUAUAGUUAGUUUUCUUCUUGUUGUGCUUCAUAGUACUUCAACUCGCACUCGGCUAUUGCCGUCAAGUUGGAACCCAUCUUGUUCAUUGUUUCAUGGUAUUCAUCUUCCUCGACAGAGUCAUAAACGAUACCACCACCGGCU